CGCUGGGCAGAACUGUGAAGAAGGUAGGAGGAGCGCCCGGUUUCCUAAAACCAGCCUUGAGCCUCUGCGUGUACAGUGACAGCAAUCAUGGCAGGAGACAGCGAAGCGAAGUUGGAAAAUCAAGAUGAAAACGAGAACGCUACCCGCCAGCCUUUCCUCAUCGGGGUAGCUGGUGGCACUGCUAGCGGAAAGUCGUCGGUCUGUGGCAAAAUCAUGGAGCUUCUUGGACAGAAUAAGAUUGACCAUCACCAAAGGCAGGUUGCCAUCCUCAGUCAAGACAGCUUCUACAAGGUGCUCACUCCAGAGCAGAAGGCCAGGGCCCUCAAGGGACAGUUCAACUUUGACCAUCCGGAUGCAUUUGAUAAUGAGUUGAUAGUGAAGACUCUGUGGGACAUCAUGGAGGGGAGAACAGUUCAAAUCCCCGUCUACGAUUUUGUUACCCAUUCCAGGAAGGAGGAAACAGUGACUGUGUACCCAGCUGACGUGGUUCUGUUCGAGGGCAUUCUAAUGUUCUACUCGCAGGAGAUACGGGACCUGUUUCAGAUGAAGCUGUUUGUGGACACUGAUGCAGACACACGACUCUCACGCAGAGUGUUGAGGGACAUCAGUGAGAGAGGACGGGACCUGGAGCAGAUCUUAAGCCAGUACAUCACAUUUGUGAAGCCUGCCUUUGAAGAGUUCUGCCUGCCAACGAAGAAGUAUGCUGACGUUAUCAUCCCGAGGGGCGCUGAUAAUCUAGUUGCUAUAAAUCUGAUAGUGCAGCACAUUCAGGACAUUCUGACCGGUGGUGUGACCAAGCGGCUGAACGGUUUCCUCAAUGGGCACAGCACACCACAGAAACGGCAGCCAUCGGACUCCAGCAGCAGACCACACUGACACCCCCGUGCCACCUGUCUCCUAGGGAACAAAGGCAGGACGGUAGUGAACAACUAGAGCGUGGAAAAGGAGGAGUGAGUGUACAUACCGGCAAAUAGCAAACACUGUAUUGAAUACAAGAAAUGCUUUUGUUGUAGUUUUAUUUUUUUUUAAUUAUUAUUAUUUUUUGGUUGACUUCUACUCUUGAUUGUGAAGGAAGGAUGUUCCUUGGUCGAAAUUGUUCCAGGUCAAUGCUGUUUUUUUUUUUUGUUGUUGUUUUUUUUCUUCUGUCCUACUUAUUUAUGCCUAUUCCUAACCCUCUGUCUCCUCUUUAAGGGAGUGUUUGUGAAAUAAAGGUGGAGUACAGGUGAAUUUGCCAAAGGGACGCUGCUUUCCCAGACCUGCACUGAGUGCUUAUGAUUUGAAUCGUACAAAAUCUAAAGGCAUUUCCGAAGCAGAAAUAUACAUUUCACUUUUAUCGCCUUCUCUGUGUAACUUUAUAUUGUCAUAAUGUUGCCUCCAAAGCACUUUUGGUGUGUUAGUAAUUAUUACAACCAAAAGUGCUCCCUGACCAUCGCGCCAAAGGAACAGCCACUAACUUCAUACCAUAUUUCAGUGACGGCUCAUCUUUUCUAUGAGUAAGUCAGGGUUGAACGUGUACUGUAAAGUGAAGCUCUGUGGCCUGGUAUGAACACUGGCUUUGGUCUAUUGAUCUGACCCUCAGAGCCAGAGAUUCUUGCAGCAUAUUAAAAGCAGGGUUUCCCCAACACCUUUAAUAAUCCUGGAAUAGAUACAGAUUCAGUUAUUCCAUAUUGGUGUCCUAGUUGUACUGUAUUUUAAUGCUGUGUGCUCCCAUCUUUUAAAUGGCCCUUAAUAGCAAAUUAAAAAGUCACUUAAAUUAAUUUUAAAUUAAUUUUCUUUAUGUAUUUACCUUAUUGGUACUCUACAUGCUGAAGACUGCUGUCAACAGCUUAUUUUGACUGUUUUGGCAGACCAUUAAGUUUUUUUUUUAUGGUGGAUUUUAUUUUAGUUCUGAUAUUGUUCCUUAGGAAGUAUUACAUGCCUGUACCAUUAUGUUACUGCAAUCAGUAUGUUUUUUUUAAUGUAAAAAAAGGUUUACCACAGAAUCGAUUUGGUUUCAUUAAGACGUUUUCUAGUUUGUUGAAGGGCAAAAAGAGCACUCUGUUCUUUCUCAGGAUUCUGUGGUUAAUAUUGGAUAGCUUCAUAGCCUAAGAAAUGGUGCUCACCCUAUCAUGCUGUUCUGCAUAUGUUGUUUCAGGGACUUAUACAGUGGAUUAAUGGAUUUUGCUGUUCAUUUCCAUUUUAAGGGGGCAUUAUCAUGUUUCACAGUACUCAGUGUUAUGAUGGAAAAGAAACAAAAUCCCAAACCCAUAAUACUAAUAUUAACCAUAACAGAUCUCUUAUCUGAUUUUUCAUUUUGUCAAAAAUCAUUACCCCCAGAAAAAAAUUGUCAAUCUGCUUGGUUACCUUGCUUUGUCUUUUCUGAUGUGGCAGAAACAUUUUCCCCCCUGCACUGCUGCUAUGACACAGGGUCAUUCAUAAAUAAAUCAACGAGUGUAAUAUGUUGCACUGACGAUUCACCAGUUGGUGGACACAUUUCAUUGUGAUGUUUUCCGGGCCAGAGCUCAAAUAAAAGUGCCCUGCGGUCAGGGGAAAAUGGAGAAAGACUAGUUUGUCACUUGGUUAGAUGAAAAGGUUACAUUGUCACCUGGUUAGGUUUUGCCUGUAACCUUUAAACAAAAGUUGUUUAAAAAGAAAAUUUCCUGUCUGUUUUUGUCUCUGCUCAUGUUUUAUGCACAGUAUUUAAUGUACACCAAAAUCUGUGUUCUGAUUCACGUUAUUAUUCACUAAUUACCUACUGCCUGCGUGAGGCAUACUCCUUUUAAACAUGCAAAAAUGUACACUUUAAUCAGGUAUACCCAAGGUUGGUUUCACAUUGAGUUAGUAAAGUCUCUAGACCAGCUUCUUUGGGGAAAAAUGCAAUAUGCCUUAUAAUAGCUGCUUGUGACCAACAUUAUGAUGAUAGAAGUAGAGGUCAAUCAGUCAUAUUAAAAGACCCCAAAUCACCAUUUGAUUCAUGCUCAGUUCAGAGUCCUAUGCGAUUACAAAUGAUGAAUACUACAUAAACAUUUCAUUUUAUUUUGCUGUGAGAUGUGGAGUCCACUACAGAGGUUACAGACGUUGUGCAACACAUUCAUUGACUCUUACAUUUUGUAUUGAUUACCCAAAAAUGUAUAAAUGCUGAUAUAACCAAACUGGAAAUGUGAUGCUUUUUACUUUUAAAGGAGCUCAGAAAUAUACCUGGUGGACCACAUACUUGAUCGAAUCUUAGAUGAGUGAUGCCAUAAGGCCAUUAUCCUCGUAGUGCAAGCACUUAAGACUUUUGUGAUGAUUGAUUUAUUCGUGUGCAACCAUGAUUCUAGCUGUGAUUAAACUGGACUCACAGAAGUCGCUGGAAUCAAUAGUUUUGCUGUCAAAGCAGCAAUUGCAAGCGGCCUUGACAAUGCAUUUGUGCAACUGCUUUUCACUUGAAAAACAUAAUAGAUUAAAUUAAAAGCCGGGUCAUGUUUUGCUCUUCUUUUGUAAGCAUCUCAGUUAUUCACAAUGUAUUGUAAUGUACAAGUGUAAAAAAAAAGUAAAAUAAGAAACGGCUUAAAUGAAAUGAUAAAGAAAUAAUUAUGAAAUAAAUUUUUGUAC